UGAAGGACCGUCUGAUUAUCAUUCACACAGCAACUCUGAGCGAACGAGGAGUGAAACAGAGAGAGAGAGAGGGAAGAGGGAGACAGUCGGGGAAAAAACAGUUCUGUGGGAGACGGAGAGAGAGAAAGGAGAAGGGAAGAGAGAGCGCAAGAAACAGAGAGUUGUGCAGAAAAAGGAGAGAGAGAGAGAGAGAGAGAGAGAGAGAUUGCAGGAGGGAGAAGUGAAGGAAUUUUUGGUGGAUGUGUUUUUCGCGCCAUGGAAACUCAGUCGGAGGAGAGCCGUGAGCUGAGCCAGGAGAAAAGAGGUUGUCUGGACUGCUGCAUUAAGUGUCUGGGGGGCGUUCCCUAUGCCUCUCUGGUGGCCACCAUCCUGUGCUUCUCCGGAGUGGCUCUGUUCUGUGGCUGUGGUCAUGUGGCCCUGACCGGAACCCUCACCAUCCUGGAGACGCACUUCUCAAAGAUCACCACUGACCAUGCCAUGCUCACCGACAUAAUCCAGCUGAUGCAGUACGUGAUCUACGGAAUCGCUUCUUUCUUCUUCCUGUACGGGAUCAUUCUGCUGGCCGAGGGUUUCUACACCACCAGCGCUGUCAAAGAGCUGCACAGCGAGUUCAAGACCACCAUCUGCGGCCGUUGUAUCAGCGCAAUGUUCGUGUUCCUGACAUACAUCCUGGGCGUUGCCUGGCUGGGGGUGUUUGGAUUUUCGGCCGUGCCGGUGUUCCUCUUCUACAACAUGUGGUCAACGUGUGCGGCCAUGCGGGCUCCUGUCACCUCUCUGCCCUCCAACGAGUCCAUCUGCGUGGACAUGCGGCAGUACGGAAUUAUCCCCUGGAAUGCCACACCAGGCGUUGCUUGCGGGUCGGCGCUGCUUGAAAUUUGUAGCUCCAGUGAGUUCUACCUGUCCUACCACCUGUACAUCGUAGCGUGUGCUGGAGCCGGAGCCACCGUCAUUGCUCUGAUCCACUACCUCAUGAUCCUCUCGGCGAAUUGGGCCUACCUAAAGGACGCGAGUCAUAUGCACGCGUACCAAGACAUCAAAUCGAAGGAGGAGCGGGAGCUGCAAGACAUCCAGUCGCGCUCCAAAGAAUGCCUCAAUUCCUACUCGUAAGGACUCAGGGUGUCCGGCCGGGAGAACAUCAGCUCCGACGAAACGAAAAACCUGCCAACAGCACUAACUAACCCUGCUCUUAACACACUAACCCUGUAACGCACCACGGCGCUUCUGUCUGCACUAACAUCCACGCAGUUUGCAGGGACUUACUUUUUCUAUCGAUUACACCAUUUUCAUAAAAAUGUCAAUUUUUUGAAUGCUCUUUUUUACUGUAGCCCUUUUUUAUGAUCCAGAAUUGCUGGUGAAACGUUGCACUAUUCAAAACACGAAGGAAGGCAGCUUGUUGAUGGGGAAAAAUCUUGGUUCACGAAUUUUAAUUUAAAAAAUUUUUUAAUUAAAACAAAAAAAAAAGUUCAUCAGAUCAACCUAAAAAAUUACUUUGUGGUACCAAGUAAAUUUGCUAGUUUUAUUCAAACUUAAUAAAUACUUUGAAUUAAUUAUUCUUUCAUCGUUAUUUUUUGAGUUGAAUAAAAUUUAAUUGCUUGUUACUGCAUGAAGUAAUUUUUUACAGUGUACUUCUGUUUUCACAUUUCCCCCAAAAAACUUUUCCAUUAAAUAAAAAAAAGUCAGCUCCAAUGCAAUGGAAUUUUGUUUUUCAUGCUGAUUUAAUUUUUGAUUUUAUUUUUUUUCCCCUUCAAAAUUAUUUUUAGCUUUACAGCUCCUCACUUUGUGUCCUCACAUGGUUUGGUAAAUACUGUGUGUGUUUGGUCCACCAGUUUUUAGCUGUUUGCAUUGUAGGUUCCCACCAACCUUCAGGCCUGUUCUUAUAGGACCUUGUUUCAAACCACCCCCCCAUUAAGAUCUCCAAACGUCUACCUCAGAAGUACCACAGUGACUGUAGAGAACCGUUUAGAGUUUUUAAGCUACGGAACAUUUGGUCUUCCAAGUGAUCUGUGAACAAAGUUAACUGAUCAUCACCACGAAUUCCAAACAAAAAUUAGUUUGUCAAGUGAAAUUAUCUUAAAUCUAGUCGACACAUCAGAUAUUUCUUGUUUUGAUGUUGCUGUGAGAAAAUUAUUUGUAACUGGCAGAUAAUUUUAGUUUGAAAGCUGUGAAAUUAUUUGAAAAUGAGAUAAAAUCACAAGUUAAAAAGUCUACAAAUAAGUUACUCUUAUUUGAUAAGAAAUAUUAGAUAUGUUGACACAAGUUAAGAUGAUCUCAUUUACUGGAAUCAUGGAACAUUCUUCACUAGUAGAACCGAAAAGAACCCUAUAAAUUCUCUAUUAA